UUCUUUCCAUACGCACGCCCAACCACGGAAUGAUGAUAAUAAUGAUCAAGAUGGCUACUACAGAAGCCUUUCUGUAGCUAAGUACCAAUUUCAUGAAAUCACUCCAAACUGGUUUCUAACUAUUAAAGUCCCUCGUAGGCGACGAGGACUGCGCCCGGCAUAAUAUUAUAUGGAUUAAUGACGGGUUAAGAGGAAAUAGUAGUCAUUGUGUCGCCUGUAGCGGCUAUUGAGGAAGCUAGCUAGCUAGCUGUAAACUCCAGCUUUAGCUUUCUUGGCCGCAUUGGAACAAAUGGCAGAACCGAGGAAAGUUCCCUUCGUCACCAUAUCGUCGUUCAACACGUCCGCUCCAACCACCCCGGAGCUGAGCAAGAAACGCCGCCGCGAAGAUGAGGCCGUGACUUUGCGGAGAGACGGUGGAAGUGUGGCCGGGUCAGGAGGUGAUGGAGGACCGUUCGGCAACACCAAGGCAGAUGUCGCCGAGCCCGGCGGGGAAAGCAAGCCCACUGUCCGCCUCGACCUCUCUCUCUCCGAGCCGAGUGAGCGUGGUUCCGCCGAGUUCAACUACACUGAGCUGGUGGUCACGACUCCUCCACGUCCUUCUCAGGUCAAACCGCCUGCUUCAACGGUCCCAAAAGGACUCGCACCUGCCCUGGACCCCAAUGACCCACUCGCUGACACGGAGCGGGAGAGACGGGAGGUGGAAGACUUGGCCAGGAAGUUCGAAAGCAAAUACGGCGGUGCCCCAAAGAAGAAGAAGAGGGACAGGAUGCAGGAUCUCAUCGACAUUGGCUACGGCUACGAUGAGACGGACCCUUUUAUAGACAAUUCGGAAGCGUACGAUGAGCUGGUGCCGGCCUCCCUGACCACCAAACAUGGAGGUUUCUACAUCAACACGGGGACUCUGCAGUUCCGGCCCGCAUCCGACUCGGAAGGAGACGACACUGAGAAUAAUCAUAUCAAGAUGAAAGACGGCGAAGAGCGCGUGAUCAAAAAACGGAGGAAAAAGCCGGACGGUGCCAUUUUGGAGGAGAAAAAACCCCGCAAAAUGAGAGUACCAAAGCCCGGAGUGUCCUUGCAUCGUCCUGAAAAGAAGAAGCGAAAGAAGCUAAUGAAAGAUUCCAUCCACCUGGCCAACAUGCUGCGCCGCUUCACCAGGGAGAAAGAGGAGAUGCGAAAGAGGAACAUGGUCACCACCAGCCUGCCGCGACCCCCCGCCAAAGUGCCAAGCGCCACCAGCGUGGUUGUCAACAGCCAGUCCAAGGCCGCGGCCAACGACUGCAACAUGGCGGACCUCACCAGCGACCCGGCCGUGAUGUCGCUGCUCGGCGCCACCAACAACGAGGUGUUGCAGGACAUGAUGGGGGAUCUGGACUUUGCCAUGCUGGACUCGCCGCAGCCCUCCAGUCCUACCGCGGGGGAGAACGGCUCCUUGGGCAUGGGCCAUAAAGCAGUCUUAGGCCGUAACGUGAUGAGUCCUCCGCCCCUGCCCAACGCUCUCCCGGGCCCUCUCUCCAAGCGUAUCGACGACCUCCGAGCGGCCUCCCGUCUGUUCGACGCAGAGGGACGGAAGAAGUUCUUUACAUUGGACAUGAACAACAUCCUGCUGGAUAUUGAGUUACAGGUUCAGGAGCAGCCAGCAGAUGUGCGUUCAGCUGUAUACUGUCACUUAGAGGCCUUUGUUCCAUGUAAUAAGGAAGCACUGCUUAAGCGCCUAAAGAAGCUCAGCCUCAACAUACAGGAUGACCGGUUGCGGGCUCCCCUCCUCAAGCUGAAGCUGGCGGUGUGCCAUGUGAUGCCGGAGCAGAUCGCUCGAUACAACAUGGACUGUAUCGCCAAGGUGGCAAAGCAGCAGUCUGGGGAGGCGGAGAAAAACGGCUCUGAGGACGACGACGAAGAGAAGCCAGGGAAGCGGGUGAUGGGGCCUCGGAAGAAGUUUGUCUGGGAUGACAAACUCAGGUCGUUGCUGUGUAACUUGGUACGGGUGAAGCUGAGCUGUUACGAGCUGGAGGGGAAGAACUCCUCGCCAGAGGACUACCUCAAAGGCUUUAUGGAAACCGAGGUAAAACCUCUUUGGCCCAAAGGCUGGAUGCAGGGCAGGAUACUGUUUAAAGAGAGCAUCAUGGCUCACGGCCAUUUCACGGGCUACACAGCAAAGAAAAGGAUCGUCACCACACCCAAAGCCAAGCCAAAGGAAGCAGCGUGGGUUCAGCGGACCACGCCCUCAGCAGGUGUCGCCCCGUCCCACGUCGGCCCGGUUGCUAAGCGACCACCUCAGUUGCCACCCGAGCCCAUAUGCGUGGAUUCCCUAGACGAUGAUCUGGCCGUCCCCUCCCUGGACUCUAUUUCCCAGGCGCUCCUGAUCCUCGGCAACGCCGCCAAGGGCCUGGCGCAAGGGGACAGCCCCCCCUCCCCCGAUAGAUCCAGGAGCGCCACCAACCCCUCCCCGACCCCUCAUGUGUCGCCGCUCAUUCAGCAGCAGAAAAAGAACUCGCUGGGCCUGGCCAGCGCCAACGUCCCCCUCUACAUGUCUACCUCUCCGUCGUCCUCCGCCCCGCUGUCUCGGUCGCCCUCCCUCGCCUUCUCGUCGGUGAAGGUGGACGCCAUGGGGGUGGUUAAAGGCCCGGGACAAAUGCACCGGCACUCUGUGUUGAACAUUCAGAGACACGCGCCUAAAGUGAGCUCGCCCGUGUCCGCCGCUACGUCUAAACCCCGCCCUCCGCCUACUGCGUCGCCACUCGCCCCCCCAGGAUCGAAGAUGGGUGUGUCCACCGCAGCGUCUGGCCUCAUCAAAUGCAGCAAUAAUAAAGGAGUCAGCAGUGGCGACGCUGUCAUCAUGACAUCACCUUCAUCCAGACCAGCGCCGCAUCCUUCGCCCGCACAAAUGGCGCCCAAGACCUUCCUGGCGACACGCUCGCCUCUGGCCCAGCAGGGCAAAUCCACACCCUCCCCGUCCCACCCGCCACAAUCCGCCUUCAUCACGCCGAUGCACGCUACUCUCACCAAGUCCGCCCACAGCGGCGUCACGCCCAUCGUCAAACUCACGCCUCGCACCCUCAACUCCGCCGUCAGCACCUCCAGCUCGCCCUCCGCCAGGUCUCAGGCAGCCCAUCCCAUGCCGCAGCAGUUCUCCCCCAAAAGCCCCGCGGGGUUCCGCCCGCCAUUCUCAGGUGCCCAGACAGGGGCAGCCAAGGCGAGCUUCACAUCCCCCGGCGGCCAUAAGAGUCCGCUGAUCAUCAGCAGCACAGCCAACAGCAGCCUUAUCAGCACCUCAUCCACCAGCAAGCAUUCAGGAUCCAGCAUCGCCCCAACGCCAACCUCUGCCAGUCUGGGCCAGCGGCAGAGGCUGGGGGUGGGGUCGUCUCAGGGGCCCAAGCCGGUCACAUCUGUCCCGUUGUCAACGGCCUCUUCUCACUUGACGCAGGUCUCCUCAGCAGGGGGCAGCGGUCUGCUGGGCUCCACGGCGUCUCUCAAUCUGGGCUUCGGGAUGCUAGGCGGCCUGGUUCCCGUCUCGCUGCCCUUCCAGUUCCCCUCACUGCUCAACAUGCCGACAUUGGGCACAGCUAGCUCCAACACGGUGGCCGGGAGCUCAGCAACCAAUAGCAACGCCUCUUUCCUGACUCAGAAUCUAUAUAAGAGCCUCCAGUCGGGCUCUCAGGUUGCUCGGCCUCCUCACGUGCAGCUGGCUUUCUCAGAUGUCAACCAGAGCCAAGGAGACACCAAGAGGAAGACUCUAUGAUACUGCAGGAAACCACUUUCCCCCCCACCAAUGCCAGUUUUCAAAAGGAAAAAACAAACUUUGUCCUCAUUUUUAAGGCGCUAUCCUUCACAGAUUUGCUAAAUAAACAGCUUGUCGUGUUUACAAGACAGACCUAAAUCACUGUGGCCAGGGAGGACGUGUGUGUGUGUGUGUGUGUGUGUGUGAUGGUAGCAUCGACAGCGUGCCUUUUGUAUGUUUCUCUCAGAUGCAUGGUGCUGUUUUCCAACUAGAUGAUUACUUGUAUAACAUGUCAACUGCAGAUUGCUGAAUUUGAGCUUCCCCUUCAAGCUGUACUUUUUCUUUUUUAUCAUACUUGAAUUCAUAAAGGAGUUCUAUGCUGUAUAGUACUGAAACUUUUUAAUUAAAAAGAAUCCUCUUUCACAAGGCUGAUUACGAGUCGAUAUAUGAUGGAAUGCAUUUAAGAAGGCUAUUUUAUUUCAAGCAUGUCAUAAAAAAAUGGACUGGUAAAUUGCCAAAAUGUCUAAUUUC